AUGAACAACUCUUCGGUGAUCAAAGUUAAUCCAUCAAUCCCUAGCGCUGAAGUUUGUUGCCUGUCCCUAUACCAUGGCAGUGCUAUAAUGGUAGUUAACACGCUGAUUGCCCUGUUAGGUACGUUUGGUAAUUUUCUUGUCUGCAUAGCGGUACUCACCAAGCCUCGUCUUCGCCGAUGCUCGAAUAUCCCAUUGCUUAGUUUGGCCAUUGCUGACUUGAUCAUAACAGUGAUCUGCGAGCCUUUGGUCGUGGCAAUGGUCGGUAAAAUAACCUUUCUACACGAGUGUGCGCCUAGUCUUGAACUCGGUUACUCACUUUUAGCCAACCUUUGCUGUUCCUCGUCGCUUAUGCAUCUUGUGGCAAUCAGUAUGGACCGCUUCUUAGCUGUCACCUUCCCUCUUCGUCAUGGUCGGAUCAUGAAGAACUACGGCUUAAAAAUCAUGCUGGCAACAGUGUGGGUUGUCGCUUUUGCAUUCGCCAUAGUUCGACAGCUCUUCCCGAAAAAAACUUAUUACUUAGCUGCAGUAAUGUUUGCCGUUGGUUAUUUCCUCAUGUUCGUUUGUUACCUGUUGAUAUUGCUUACUUUGGUCAGGGGAAGGAAACGAAAGGGCCGUCUGGGAGCGCAAUCAUCUAUUGAUGUCAAUUUGAAAGUCGAAAGGCGUGUUGCACUAACACUGGCAAUUGUGAUCAUUUUGUUUUCUGUCACCUGGUUUCCGUUGAUUGCUGUUUUUUUCAUCACAGGAAAAUCUCUGGUUGAAAAGUAUGGUCCAGCAUACAUGUGGAUUAGAUCUUUGGCUCUCUCUAACUCUGCUAUGAACUUUGUUGUUUACAGCGCAAGAAUUCGAGACUUCCGCGAUGCCUAUAUCUCGAUAUCCCGCAAGAUGUUCGGUUGCUAAGUUGAAAAUGCAAACACCGGUUCUAUUGUAUGGUAGAGC